CUAACACAUACAGCAGACUGCGUUUACGUUAUACCAUCGCAUACAGCAGCUACGUUUUACGCUAUAUAAUUGCAGGAUUUUUUUACUGUUUUAAUCAGCAUUGCGCAUGACUAAGAAAUGGAUUUGAAGGCAAUUUUAUUGGUCCUGUUCUCCCUGUUUGCUGUUGGUUUAACRGAUAUCAACAUGCACAACCCAAGAGGAUGCAACAAUCGCCUUAAUGAGCCCAAAAGAGGAAGACGAAAUGCCAAGAGACUGUUUGACUCUCAAAAUAACAAUCGUGGUGGUCAUAAUGUGGGGAAGCCUAUGUACUAUUACAGUGGAUCCUAUCUACCAAUACAAUGGGCUCAUCAACACACCUGUGGUGACCAGAACAACAACUGUGAAGUGGUUAUCCAAUACAUGUGCGACAAGAAACUACGAGAUGGAGCCACAACAGCGACGAUCCCAGACAACCCUAAGAGCUGUAAGAACGGGGAUUGUAACUCCGAUGUAAGAUACGGUAUGCAUGAAGAUCACGACUAUUAUAAAGACUGCAAGACUCGUGAGCGCAAUAGGGGGCUGUUUACCUCCACCCAGAGACUUCGAGGACAAACGGCCAGGUUUACCAGACAGGAAAGGAAAGGGACCAGAUAUGCAUAUGAAUGUCCAGAAGAACGAGACUACUAUCCUUACUGGCAUCCUACUCCCUGGAAGGAUAUCGCUGUACUGACAAACAAUGCUAUGCGCUGUGAGUACUACAAACAACAAAGUGAGAAUGUCAAAGGUCGUGGAUAUUGUAAAGUUGAUGGAAACCUUGGCAGCACCGUCAUACCCAAUAACAAAGCCGCUUGCCUGGCUUUCAAACACCCAAAUGCUACAAGAGUUCAAUGGCUUAACAAACCAGCCCAUGGGAUCCCCCCACCGGACUGCGUGCUGUCACAGUGGUCACGUGAUAAUCACCAAGGCAACACCAUAGGAGGGUACUUCAUGUCAUACAACUGGAAAGUCCCRGAUAUUGACGAAGACAACUGCGUGGUGCGCAUUAGGUACAACAUUUCUACUGGUGAAUACGAUGGUUGGGAUCCCAAUGUCAAUUAUAAGAAAAAUGGAAACAUGAAAAUCAAUAUUGGAAUGAAUUUUGGCCUCACCUUCAGGGAAGCAAGAGCACGAGGUUACUUUCUACGCAACAACCCUAGUGUUAUGAUUUUCAGUAAUGCCCCGAAGUUAAGACUCCGCGUAAACAUUGAUACCGGAAAUUUUGGGAGGACAUUCCAAGACAGAUCUCACGUCUUUUCCAUUCGUAAGCGACCUGCAAGUCUAAAAGGCAAAAAGAUCCACAACGUCAAUGUGCGCGGUAAACGAGGCAACAUCGUACAAGUCUUUCCAUCGGUUGAGUACGAUUUUGUACCUAACACACUUGUGAUACCAGAAGGAGAUUAUGUUCACUUCCAAUGGACAGGUUCAGAYACCAACCCUCGUAACAACGACGGACAAGGCAAAAGAGGAACAGAUCGAUCCAACGUGAUUCUCAUUCACUCAGAACCAAACAAAUCUCCACCAAGGGUUUAUGGCCAGUGGUCUAGAAAUUAUCCUGCUAAAAUAACCAACGGGAACUUCUUAGGAUUUACAGAAAAAGAUUUGAAAACCCUGGCGACUAUAUCAGGUUCUCCAUAUUUUGAUCUGCCGCCAAGAAUGGUCAAGGGUUGUGGUACAUAUCACUACAUAUCAACAAGGAACAAUGCUUUCUCCAAUCGAAGCCAAAAGGGUCGAAUUAUUGUAAACUCGUGCAAAUGACUCCAAUCCUUUAUAACACCCAACACAUGAAAUAAAACACAUCAAUCAAAACAA